GUUAAAAUCUAUAUUUGUAAAAAUAUCAUUACUAGGGUGUAAUGCAGUCUGAUGCUAAUAUUCACCCAGUUAUGUUUGUUAUUUUUAUAAUAUUUCAUCAUUACUAUUACCUUACUCCCACUAAUGAACUCGAUUUUCACUACUUAGUUACUUAACACCGUAUAUUACGUGCUAAGUUAUUAAUAUUUUUCCAGUUUUCUUAGACAUUUAUCUUGGCUUUAUUCAGCUUGUCAAUAUUUAAAUCAUACACGAAGUCAGUCACAGAACAAACUGCUCAUUACCAUGGUUAAAAACCGUGAAAAUGAGUGAUGGAGUUUCGGAUCCCACUAUGUCAGUCAAUUUGCUCAGGAUUCUUGUUCUUUUCUAACAGUAAAUAUUUGUCAUGGAGUAAUGUAAUUUUCCCUUUGGAUUUAAACCAAUCAUUUGGAUUCUACAGCCAAAAAAACCAAUAUAGUAAUCGAAUAUUAAGAAAGGUAGUUUCAUUAUUUGAUGUUUUCUCUACACAUUAUUGAUUUUUGUAAGAUUAGGUGAAAGAAAGGUUACAAUAUUUUCUAUUCAAUAUCAUGUAUAUACAAUGUAGAAAACUACUAUUAUUCAGUAAAGUUUUACAUUACUAGUUUACACAGUUAUGAAUGUUUAUUAUUGUUAUGCCUGUGCACAAAUAUCACAAGAAAAUUUGAUUGGACUAUAUAUGAAAAUGAAUAGGAAAUUUACACAGUUAAGAAAUGGAAUAUUACUGACUUUUUUUCAAUAAUAUAAUACAAAUCUUUCAUUGAUAUAUUUCAAUGGAACGCCCACGUUCCAGUAAUUCCAUGUAUAUAUAUAUUUAUCGAAUGAAAAUUCCAUCAAUUUUAGAAGCUUCAUUUUGUUUUACACUAGUGAUUCUGUGUUCAGUUAACAUGGGAGAAGAAGUAAGUUAGAUUUUGAUAAUGAUUAAUAUAUCAUGAAUAUUAUUUUUUUUACCAUUUAUUCUAUUUCACUGGUUGAAAUCAUGAGUCAGUUGAAGCUAGACCACUGUGGAAGACCUGAAAGCACUGGGGUCCUCGGUUCGAAUCUUGUGGGGUGCGGGAUCGUGGAUGCGCACUGCUGAGGAGUCCCAUACUAGGACGAAACGGCCGUCCAGUGCUUACAGGUUUUCCAUGGUGGUCUAGGUUCAACUGACUCAUGGUUUCAACCAGUGAAAUUUCUAAAAUCUCCACAAAACCCCUUCUGACAUUUAUUCUAUUGCAAAAAAUUAUAUUGAUUACCAAGCGAGUAAAGUUGAGUGUUAAAUAUUAAAUAUGGUUAAUGGUCAGAAUAGUGUAAGGAAAAGGUAAGUACAUCUAACUGAAUUAUUGCUAGUUGUGAUAAGGAGUGGAAGUUUUUUUACAUAUCAAAUCUAAUAACAUAACAACGAUGGGUUAUUGUGUUUGAGUAACUAUAUUGAACCUAAUACUUUUAUUAAAUAUCAAACUCUGUCAUAACUGUAUGGAAGAAAUAUAGAGAGUUCUGUCUAACAACAAAUAUGUUUAUUGAGAAAGAUUUCGCCUACGAAAACUAAACAGCGUUACCUACUGUAGUACUGUGAAAGCAAUCCUGCUGUUCCAGUUGUACAGUUAUAAAACCAAAUAAUUAAGAGAUGAUAUAUCUUACAUCAUUAUAUAUAGUUUCUUCAUAUCUUUUGAUAAUCUACAGCCAUAUCCCUCUAGGUAGCUACUUUGUAGUUAAAUUUACUUUUUGUAAGAAUACUUUGAUUUUACUUGAGUUAUUUGUUAAGAAUGUAUUGAAUAAUAGAUAAAGAGGCAAUUUUAAUGAGUUGAAUAAAUCUUUUCAGGUACUCGUGGUUUUUCUGAGAUUUAUUUUCCUUCUAGUGGUUUCUUUCCUUUCACAAAAAUGGCGAUUAGUCAUUAUUCCUGUUAAAUGUCAUAAGCCACUUAAACCGUACUAUUCCGACAGAAUUGCUUGUAUUAUGUCUUAGACAACUCAGAAUACAAGCAUUCAAAUAUUAUUAAAGACAUUAUAGAGAUUUAGUCUUUAAAGACUUAUACUUUUAACAGCUUUUAAGAAAGUGAACUGAUAUCAGUCGACUAGGUGCUGCCAUUUAUCCAGUACUAAUUGUUAUUAAAAUCUUUGUUUACAGAGUAGAUAGGAAAUUGCAAUACAGUGAGUCGAACAUAACACCCUAUAUAACUGAGAAAAUAAAAUAAAAUUUGAUUUAACAUUCAUCUGCUAUAAAUUAUUCAUGAGAUGACUGGGAAAAUCAUUAAGCUUGAUUUAUAUGUGUCAACGAGAUGAAAAGAUCCCACAAUAUUGAGCAAACUUAACUGAUUAGAUUAGAGGCGGGAACAUUAAAACAAAUGGUAACCCCUGGAAAUACGUUUGAAAGUGAACACGAACGUGAUAACUAGUAUUCGAAACCAAAUUCAAUAUCCUUUCAAAACAACAUGAGGUGGUGAAGUAGGCUAAUUUCUCGACAUUAGUAACAUAAUUGGUCUCACCAGAGUUUAGAAUAUAGCUUUUACAUUAAGUUAUUGUUUUCAAUUUUUUGAUAAUUAGGAAACUCAACAAAAGUAAAAAACAAUUUUAACUACUGAAUUGUUUUCUUAAUUAUUCACUUGAGAUUUCCUAUAUAAUAUUCACCAAUACAAGAGAAUAGAAAUUCUAAAAUCCCUUAUUUAAAACCCCAAUAAAUGAACUUCUGUUAUUACCUUAAACGAAAUUAUUACUUUAUCAGAGGAUUAUUCGUAUUUUUAUCGUUACAAUUACUGUUAUUACAUAUCAUAUGUGAAUACAUAACAAAUGUUUAAAUGGACAGAGAGAUUAUUGACUUAUUAAGCGCUGAAGUAUCCGUAUUUACGGACUUUCAUGAAAUUUUUGUUUAGAAUAUAUACUGUCGCUUUGCAGUAUGUUAAUUAAUUGAUCAUAGUUGAAAUGAUCCAUUAAGUAGAUAGGAGUUUUUAAACAUUACCUAUUAGUAGUCCUGCUUAUUUCACUAAAAAUAUGUCUAACCAAUAGAUUAAUACAUCAAAAAUAUACUGCAUAGAACAUUUGGAUUAUACUAUUGUGUCUAAAAAUCACUACGAAUAUUGUCAGUCAAUCUUAAAUUGCUUCCAACUUUAAUUCUGUUCAUUUAUUUCUACCUAAAGUUUGUGCUGAUGAUGUCGUUUAGAAGAACGAUGAAAGCUCCACGACCAAACCAACCAGCUCAGAGAACAAACCUCCAUCAAAAUCAUUUAGUUGUCGAUAUUCACCUUCUUCCGUUUUUAUUCUUCCCUAUCUGAGUAGUUAUACACUUCUUACUACACAAUUUUAGUAAAUUUUAUUGAUUAUCAUCUGUGUUGAACUACUGAAUGGAAAUUUAAUCCUUUUACUUCUCUUAUCGCAACUAGCACAUCUACUUUUCUACUAAUAGCUGGUAUUUUUUCUGCCUAUUAUAUGUAGCUAUGCAAUCUACUUCAUAUUGAGAAUUGAUUCAAAUUGCCCUUAUUGGUUAAAUAGUUUCAUAUAUCCAUAUAAAUAUUCUUGAAUAUUACAGUAAAGCCUGAUAACGAUCUCGUUGUGUGCUGUUCUAGUUUUCAUGAUUACCGCCUAUCGAAACAUAUAUGGUGUUCCUUCAAACAAUAAUUCACGUACAUAUAACUACCUAAAACUAAUCAUUAUAUCAAUGGGUCAUCAAAUAGAAUUACAAUCUAUUUAUUCAUUUUUUGGAGCCAUUGACUACUCAAUCAAAAUACUUUUUUGACAUCAGAUAAAUAUCUGUAGGAGUUUAACUCAACGCUCUUUAAUUUAGAUAACAAAUUAUAAGUGGAUGAGUUUCAAUGAAAUAACUUACUUUGGAUCCUAGAAAGUUGAUGCAUUACAACGAAGGUGAAUUCCUCGUAAGUAACAAUCUAUGAAAUAAGUUUAAUUACAUCAAUCAAUAUUCAAGUUACCUCCUGUCAUUCCCACCCAUACCAAGAAAUCAGUCUCUUAUUCAAAUAUAUUUCAGAUAAAUUAUGCGAGAAAAGAGUCAUUUGACGUAGACUGAUACAAGUCUAAUAUAAUCUAUAUUGUUACUUGGAAAAUACAGAUUCCUAUGAAAGAUAUCUCCAUCCUUUUUCUAACCGAAUCAGUUAAGUGUUAAAAUCACAUGUUAAUUAUAAGUGAGCUAUAUCAUCAUUAAUCAUAUCAAAGUUAUUAAUUUUAACAUAUUAACUACCUCUAUGCAACAUAUAAACCCAUCUUUUUUCUUCUAUAACUCAUUGAAAAUCAUUUUAGAAAAAGGAAAAGAAAGAAAAGAAAGAGAAGAAGGAGAAAAAAGAAAACAAAGAAGAAGAUGCAGGAGCUCCAGCAGAAGAUAAAAAAGAGACAGCAAGUAGUGGAGGCGGUGGUGGUGGUAAACGAGCUCAAAGAGCUACUUCAAAUGUUUUUGGAAUGUUCCCUCAAAAUCAAAUCCAAGAAUUUAAAGAGGCCUUUACGUUGAUCGAUCAAAAUCGUGACGGAUUUAUUGAUAUUGAAGAUUUAAAAGAUAUGUACGCAUCGUUGGGUCGGACACCAACUGAUAAAGAAUUGAAAGAAAUGUUAGAUGAAUCACCUGGUCCAUUGAAUUUCACAAUGUUUAUCAACUUAUUCGGUGAAAAACUAAAUGGUACUGAUCCUGAAGACGCACUACGUAAUGCAUUUGCAAUGUUUGAUCCAGGGAACAAACGAUAUUUGGAAGAAGAAUACAUCAAAGAUCUUUUAGAAAAUAUGGGCGAUAAUUUCUCUGCUGAAGAGAUAAGACAAACGUGGAAAGAAGCUCCAAUUAAAGAAGGCAAAUUGGAUUACGAUGCAUUUGUAAAUCUCAUAAAGAGAGGCAAUCAAGACAUUUAGGACCAACAUUUCUAUAGAAAGGGUGAAAAAUAAACUAAAUUCAUUCCCUUGCAUAUUCAGCCCCUUUUCCUUUUAUUAUGCUUUAAUGAAUAAAAUUCCCUGUUUUCACGCUAAACCAAAUACAUGCUUUCCCUCUUUGUUUUAGUUUUAAAAAUAUUGAUGUAUGUAUUCGAUUUCUUUUAUCUUUGAUGGUUAAUAUUCUUAUUAUUAUUCUGCAUGACUAGAAUAUUGUUUAUGAGAGUUAUUUCAUUCGUUAUUUUCUGUUGGAAGGUCUAUUUAGUUUUAUUUCCAUUCAUUGAAACCUUUCCAGCUUUUGUCAACCAUUCAUUCCGUGCUCGGCUUUAGUUGUUGUGACCUUAAUAAUUUAACUUAUGAGAUGAAGCGUCUUAAAGAAUCCAAUUAUGGGUGAACGGCGACAGAUACUAGUUAUUUUCAGAUCUGCUAACUGCUGGUGCUCGAAUAAUCUAAAAGCCUUAUAUCUUAUAAUCAAUCUGCUUACUUCGUCGCUCAAAAAUCGCCAUUCUUCCAUUGAUUAUACUUAUUAUUAAUGGACCAGAUUUCCAUAGUCUUUUGUAUCUAUCUUUCUUGUUGUUGAAUAUCUCUUCACUUUAUUCUAUUCUUAAUAAGUGUGCUUGAGAAAAGAAACUUCGAUUUAGCAUUGAAACCUUUCGUCACCGAUUCUUGUAUCAAGCAUUUACUCAAAGGAGAGGACAUUCCAUUCAAAUGUCCAAGUUUGUGUUUGGUUUAUUAGCGAUACAAAAUGGUCCUUAGAAUAUACAUUUUUCAGGAGCAUAGACUUACAAACGACACGAGACGAAUUGUUUCUAGUUUCCUGAAGAAAAGCCUGGACGGUGUAUAUCAUGGGUUAAUUUCAGUAGCUAAUAAACAAUAUCAAUCAUUGGGCAAAAGUGAAAUGAAUAUUUUUCUGCUGGAGACUAACUAAUUUCGUUGUGUUAUUCUCCAUAAAUUAAGCGUUGAUCUUGAACGGUGAUGAUCCCAGGUAAAUUGAACUUCACCGAUUAAAGUAUUUUCAAUCUGGGUUGGUUCAUUGCACUCGAAAUGAUUUUUUUCACUUAAAAACAAAAUAUUUAUUCAUAUUACUUCCUAUAUGUGUGUUUGAUGUGACAGUGCGUUUUCUUAAACUUUCAAUGUUUGUUUCUUAUUAUUUUUAUGAAUGUUCUGUCCCUACGUAUUACUUGUACACAUUAUUUUAUGGAACUGUUGGGUGUUAUGCGUGUUUUACUUCUUUCAUUUUUGCUUUACAGUUGUUUCAAUACAUUAAUCAUCUAGUUAAUUUGAUCGAGUGAUGAUUUUUAGUUACCAGUGUUAUGUAUAUGAAGGAUAAGUGUAGUAGAUUAAACGAAAAAUGGGCAUUUUUAACAUUGAACCAGACAGACCAUUACAUGGAAUAAUUUACUGAAUGAAAAUGGGAUAAACAACAAAGAGGCUUAUAAAAUGAACAUUUCAAGAAUCUUUGAGUAGACGUACCGAUAGCUAGACUUUUAUGCGAAUAUGAAAAUUUCUGCUUCAACUGUUCAAAGAAAAUCUUCAGACGAACUAUAGUGACUAUAGUUUGUGGCGGUUCAAUGGCAUAAUACCGUCGUUUAUGAGCAUGUCCAAUAUGUCGCGAAUGACUUUUAUGCCUGAAAUGUGGCCGAGUAAAGCAAAUAGUUCUAUUAGAACGACAGCACAUGUCAGCAACAUUAGACUAAAAAAACACGGUUGGACCACUAUCAUACAAGCCAGCCCAUAGAAUCCCUUGAAUAAAUGGCGUCAGUUUUAUCUGACCAGAGCUGGCAGCCAGAACAUCAUCAAUAUACACAAAUACAAGUCCAGUCUUCUACAGACCUCACCUAUUAAUUGUUAGAAUGUUUGAGCUGCAUUUUUUAGUCUGAGUGGCAUCUUUCAGAACUUAAACAGACCGAAAGUUGUGGUGACGUCUGGGUGGUAAGGGAAAGUUCUUCAUGGGAUUAAGCUUAUGGUACACAAAUGCUCUCAGCCUGAAAAAUAAGAUGGCGGAGCUCAAAACAGUGGCGGACACAGAAAACUCGGAUGUCACUGGCAUCUGAGAAACAGAGUCAACGUCAUAUGUCUAUGAUAGUGAAAUUCAAUUGCUUGGUUUAUUACUUAAUCGGGCUGAACGACCGAACCUUAGGGGUGGUAAGUUUAUUCUGUAUACGAAAAGCACCUUAACCAUACGAGCUGUUAGGACGGUUGUACAUGGCUCAGAGACAUGUGAACUGAUGCGCUGCCGACAUUAGAUUAGGUGUAGUAUGUCACUCUCCAGAAUAUGCAGUGCGUGGCUUCCUUCACAGUAAAUUUAAUUCCUGGUCAAACAGGUGUAGGCGACUUUAAUGCACCAUCUACAAAUCGGUGAAACAUAGAUGUAGAGUCAUCAAAAACAUUGCGAAUCGUUAGAAACCACAAUCGCCAAUAUUUAAUCCAGCGCAUUAGAGAUCCCACGAAAUAUGACCUAAAAAACUUCUCGUCUCAUUGGACAUACUCUUUACUCACGGUGAUGAUGCCAGUCAAACACGUUUCCUCUCAUCUUUAGGGAGAAUUGGUCGUGCUGCUAUCUUGUCCACGUUCUUGGCUGAGAUGGCUUUUCAAGCAGCUGUGACACCCUGCCCUAAUACAUGAAAAGCAGGCAUGAAGGCGAUAAGACUCACCUGAAAUCUGGAUAAUAAACUCAUGGACGUCAGAAGAAGAGGCACAACUUAUUUUCCGGCAAACAAACCAUAACAUUACUCAACAUUUUAUACAUGGACAGUCCCAAAGAAGAAGUGCGGCCAUCCCUGGAUAGACCAGGAAACCAUGACGUAAGAAGAAACGUUGGAACAUCUCUAUCAGAGUUGAAACAGCAAGUACGAUGGAACGUUACAGAUCGGUACGAAAUAAGUGUGUAGUUUCAAUCCGGGAAGCUCAGCGAAAAGAGUAAAAAGCAUUUGACCUAUUCAAUAAUCAAGCAGCUUAAAAGACUGUUCUCGUACACAAAUUACGGAACAAGGACACCGCAUUGGAUUCUCAAUCUAACGACUGAGCACGUUUGACACCGAAAAAUUAACAUGGCCGUAUGAACUACGUGUUAAAAUCUUGAGACUAAUUGCACAAUAUACUGCUGUCAUAUGACCAAGAUGAGUUACCUAUAGACCAGAAGGAUGCAAUUGUCACUCCAGUACAAAAAACAGGUUCAAGACAGCCUCCAUCAAGCUACAGACCUGUGAGCCUAGCCAGCGUCGUAGUUAAAAUAAUCGAAAUAAUAAUCAAGAUGACUACAAUGGCAUUUGCAGAAACCAAAAACUUUUCAAAAAGCGAACAAUAUGGUUUCUGAAGUGGUUUAUCUUGAAAAACAAAUUUCCUUAUAGCAAGAAAGCACGGGUUAGAGGUUUAAGAUAUUAGAAAAUUAGCGAAUAUUGUCUACAUAGACUUCAGCAAGGCAUUUUUUAAGGUGCCAACAAAUGGACUACUCUUGAAGCUGCAAAACAUAGUGAUUGCAGGAUAUCUCAGAAAACGGACUGAGAAUUUCCUGGUAUGAGAUAGAUGGGUAGUAGGGACAAAUUCCUAGUGCUUUACCUGGAAAUCAGUACUUUGUGGAGCUCCACAAGGCUCAGUCCUAGAGUCUCUACUUUGUAUACUGAACGUAAAUGAAGUCCCAAGUGUAGUGUAGUCCGCGUUGCUACUCUAAUCUGAUGAUGUAAAAAUCUGGUGAGAAAUAACAGAGGAUGUAGUUACAUGUGCACUUCAGGUGACUCGGAUAUUCUGGAUAAAGUACAGAGGGUAGCUACCAGAGCAGUUCCAGAACUUCGAGGUUUGCCAUAAAAAGAGAAGCUUGAAAAGCUAGACGUCUUUACUCCGUCGUACCGCAGAUUAAUAUGCAAUUUGAUUUCGAUGUAUUCAACUUUAGGAAAUGAUUUUGGACCUGAUAUAUCCUCUCUUUUUCUUCCUAUCAGAUUGGGUAAACUCAGAAUACAUAACACGGGGUUGGAAAAGCCAAGGACAAAUGAAUUACGAGUGGUAUACAGACGUUCACAUAGAGACAUUGUAGUGUGGCGUCGAGUCACGGUUGACUAUGAUCACCACUACAAGAAGGUUGCGUGCCAGAUACCAGAAGGCUGUUGAUAGCUGUAGUCGAGAUGUAUUUGUUGGCGGUCUCGUGGUAUCGACAACUGAAAGAACACCGUAAUAAGUUCUGUCUUCAAAAAAAGAAGGCGCACUAUUGGUUUGUAUGCCUAACACGUAAGGUUGAUAAAAUUUAAGAGAAAAAUAAUAAAAAUAAUAUGUGCAGGUUUCCAAAUGAAAAGUUAAUUCCCUCCCAAAUUAAGUAUGAUUUUAGAACAGACUAUUUGUUACGUCCAAGUUUUGCUCGUUCCAGUUACUGAAGUACGGACUAUCGAUCUACUUGCAAAUUACGAACCCAAAUUAACAACAGAACCAAGUUCCAAUUUAGAUACCAAAUUUGUUCGUAAUUCACAAAUAAUCGACCAAAUGUCGUUCUAACAACAAUAAUUAUAACAAUUACAAAACAAACCUUCAAUUUUGUAGGUUCCCGGAGCAAAACUCCCAAAUAUCAAACCAAAGACAAAGAGAGCACCAAAAUACCAAACCAAAGACAAAUCAAAAUGUCCGAAAUAAUGAUAUAGACAAACAAUUUCAAAAGUUAAGUAAAACAAUUACAUCCAAAAAAACAGUAAAUUAUUAAUGUACAAUAAAAGGUUUUAAUCCUCC